UUUUGACACAGUACUUUCUUUCCUCCUUUUGCCGCUUUUCUCUUGAAACCAUUUGGGGUCUUCCAAGCCUACCUACUUACACAUCUAACCCCCCAAUAUAUCUCACUUACUCCGUCUCUCCGUUAUAAUGUCUUUCGAACAAAAGAACCCGGCGUCUGCUUCAAACUUCGAGGUUGAUCCUCGGGACAUCACCUACCAGCAGCAACAGGGAACUAUCCGAUUGCUCAAUGGCAUUUGUGUCGGUCUUACCGCCCUCGCCCUGGUCAGCGGCAUAACAAUUCUGGGAACAUCCGCCAACGCAAUCUUGGUGUACAACAACACCCACGUGUCGAGUGCGUUUAACUUGGCCCUGUGGCCAGAGGCGUUUGACCUCCGCCCCACCGUGGCCCAGGUCGUUGGGAGUUCGAUCAUAAUACUAGCCAGCCUGGUUUCCCUCAUAUUCAGCAGAGUCCAAGUACUUCAUAACCAGAGAGUCAUGCACACCUCGUUGACUUUCAUCGCGCCCUUCGUCGGGUUCGUCGCUGCUCUGAUCGGCAUCUCCUUCUACUAUGGCGUCAACGCCUCCUCCACCGUCGACACCCUCCAGAGCUGGAGCUGCCGCUGGAGCUCCGUCAAUAUGCGCAUAGAGCCCUACUUCGGCACCUUGUGCAGGCAGAGCCAGACCGCGUUGUACUUGUCUGUCAUCCUCGUCCCCGUUGAGCUGGUCAUACUGGCGGCUGCCGGUGUCCAGAUGAGCUUGGAGCGGAAGGCGAGCGUGUUUAUCCCGGAGCGCAAGCCCAGCAGUCCCGCUCUGUCGUAAAGACACGGAUAUAUCAGAAUACAACUAUGGUGCGAUAUCAGUUUAGUCCUUGGCUUGCACCGUAAGCUAGGUACGGCGCCUUAUUAUGGUAUGCUAAGCAGAGAAGGGAGGGGCAAGCAUGAUGUGAUGGCUUGGCUUCGACAUAUAUUUUAUAAUUGGCGUUGUGAGAACUACUUUAUGGGGAACUAGUAUCUACAAUAUUUGGCGUCGGCGAGCGCUCAUACGGAUAUA